UUCCAUACACUUUAAUUAGCAGAGACUCUUGUUAGUAUUGCUACUCUAGACGUGUGCACUCAAUGCACAAUUUCUAAAAGGGAUCAUAUUACUGUAAAAGACUAUGUCAGGAAUAUUAUUGACGUUCAUAGUCAUGGUAUUGGGAGGGGUUUUAUCUCAGCAAUUACCAACAGAUUUUGACUUCCUGUGUUCUAUGUCUUCUCCCUGUAAGAACGGCGCCACGUGCUCCCUGAAUGCCGGACAGAUAACCUGUCUAUGUACUAACCAGUUCACAGGAGCGAUUUGUGAUCAGGAAUUAGAUCCUUGUCUACCGAACCCCUGUCAGAAUGGCGGCACGUGCAUGAGGUUAGGGAUGUCUGUGUCGUGUUACUGUCCCGCGGAAUUCACCGGUCCUAAUUGUACCGCAGGUCUACAGCAGCCAACCCUUGGCUCACAACAAGGAUUAAAUCCUGGAGAAUUUUCAGGAGCUGGUGGAAGUAACCCCGAUCCGGCAUCUCAAUUCAGUGGCAGCACAAAUACAGGUGGAUUAAGUAAUAGUGGAUUUGUUGAAAAUUCCGCUAAUCCCGACAUGGGCCUUGGUGGCGCAGUCUUCCGGUUGGGAUCAGCCGAGCGUAAUCUAAAUCCAGAACUUCGUGCCAGUCUCGGUAAUCCUGAUUUCAGGAUGAGCGAUCCAUCCGGCGUUGGAAACGUAGCAGUAGGGUUAUUUAACCAACCAGUCCAACCCCCUAAUACACCUUCCCGUGCAAAUCAUGUUAUCCAAAAAGAUCUGCAGGACACUGUUAUAGUACAUAACUUUCUGAAAGGAGGUCUUCAGCAAAUGCUUAUGGGUAGAAUUGGAAAUCAACCAGAAGUACGAAACAUCAAUCAGGUCAAUCAAAUUAAUAAACUUAUUAAUUCGCCGAAGAAGAUACAGGAUGCAUUUCCUGACCAGAAGCUUGUUAAUGGCAAUUCCGUGGCGGUAGGUUCUUCUGGCACUGCAGUCGGUGCAUCCUUUAAGGACCCCACACAACACGCUAACGACUUACCUUCAUUCUUCACUCCAUCCAAAACCAAAGUGAAUGACAGAAACUUAAUAGAUUUUUCAAACCAUAUCUGUAAAGGAAAUCGUAAGGAACAUCAACUGAGUAGCAAGCGAUAUUGGGUCGUACAGCCAAAGCACAAACCUCACCUGAUGACCUGUCCGGUCGGCACGGAAUUCACCACCACAACAUGCGCUUGUACGCAUGUGCCUACACAACCCAAAGUAAAAACAUGCAAACCUGAUCUUAUUAAUACGUUUGACUAUGGUAUGGAUGAUUCGUCUGGCAACUAUUUAGCACAUUUUGCCACCAAAGACCUUAAACCAGUAGAGAGCAGCGGGAUAUUGUGUUUCAAUGGGUCACAGGAGAUGGGUUACCCGAGAUAUCGUAGCUAUGACUUCAGUCAUAGCAUUUAUAUUGUGUUGCGGUUUAUAACCUAUGUUGACGAAAGAGAUCAGUUAUUCCCCUUGUUAACCAACUGUGAGUCAGACAAACUGACUGGACAGUAUAAAGAACCAUCAAUUGGAAUUGUGGUGAACCGGACCAACGACUUGGUUGUCUUCGUGGAGACAGAAAACGGCAUGAGUCUGACAUCCUUCGCAUUCAGAACAGGUGAAUGGAACACUGUGACACUUCAUUAUAAUGGGAAUAUGUUCACUGCCUCGCUGAACGGCCAAUCGGACGCCAUUCCUACCACCGGAAACAUUGAAAUAAGACAUGCCCCGUUGACGAUCGGUUACUGCGAACGAUAUGGCUAUUUCGACGGAUGCGUUGACGAUAUAUAUAUAUUUCCAUGUAUUCCUCAUAGGGCAUUCAUUAACAGAUUGAAAGGAAUCGCAUGAAAUGUCAUUUAGGAUGGUUGGAGUGACAAACCACAUUUAAAUGUAUGUGUCAUGUAACGCACAAAUGUCAAAGGGAACGACACAGUAGCAGAUUACUUUUACCAGCUGUCACGGAAUGUGAAGGAUCACAAGGAUCCCAUUAGUUGGAUGUGAAGUUGAUAUAUAAACAUAGAUAUAUAUUCUGCAACUAAUAUACAGCGCAUUUCAUUUUUAUCUUUUUUACAUGUUUACGUUUACAUACAUAGACACCGGAUCAUGUAAUUAUUUAGACUUGAGUCAAAAUUAGAAUGCCAUGUUUUCAGUUUCUCUGUAUAUGAUGAUAUUUCAUAUUCGUGAACAUAUUUUACGUAAAUACAAGAUGUAAAUAUGAACAAUUUUAACCAAUUAAGGGCCAACGUACAAUUUCCAAACACUAGCUACGCAUUGGACAUAUUUUGUUUUCAGUAAGAUUUUAGCAAAACAACAGUGUUCUGGGUGUAAAGAAGACUUCAGUUGGGCUGAACAGGAUAAGAAUCCUGGACCUUGGGUAUUCUGUCACUCUAACCACUGAGCUGCAUGAUCAAUGGAAUUGUUCUGGUCCUAUUGCGGUAAAGUUAUAUCCAAAGCAAAAUUAAGGGGAGGUAAUUGUGUACAGGAAAAACCACAGUGGAAUUCUCUAGUGUUUUGCCUGCAUGCAUUGUGGCAUGGAUCCUCAAGGCUUUAUUUAAACAGUUAUAACUUGGACUUAACAGAGAACGAAUUUGUAUAGACCAUGUUUUGCACAUAACAUCAGGAAAACACCUGCGCAUGUUUAUACUGAAGAAAAUUUAAAUGUCAACGGGGUUUUGAUUAACACAUUUAAAUGUUCGUGAAGAGGCAAAAUCACUAUUGUAUUUGUAUCUGAUUAAUACUUAUGUUUGUUUGGUAAAUAAUAUGUGUGUCACAUAUUUUUGAAAAAAACAAAAAUAGGUUUUUUUAACUCUGAACUAUGAUGUUGUUGGGUUUUUUUGUCUUUUUUUUGUGUAUGGAAAAAAACGUAUUUUCGUUUAUCCCACAAGCUAGGUAUUUUAAUAUAAUAAUAUUUAAAUACAACUUGCGUCAAUGCAAAACCUCGCCUAUUAUUACAAAGGGCAAACAUGUGCUUUACUGAUGGUAUAACAGUACUAUUUUGUUUUUGUUUUCUUAUAUUAUAUGGAGGAUGAAAUGAAUUUCUUGUAAUGUUGUUUUUUAUUAAGUAAUUGACAUAUCAAAGUGCGUUGAGUGUUCUUGUCUAUGUAUUUUUCUAUGAUAUUACAGGUGUACUCGUGAAGUGUUUGUUAACUGGACUUUGUAGGCUUUUAUUACUUUUAUUCAGAAGUCUAUGGAAUUAAAGAAAUAAAGGCGGCUCAAUAUUGGAACAGUUCCAUACUUCAUGGCAGUAAAGGUCCUUUGUAAAGACUUCAAAUGCAAACAAAUAACAUCUACCAAGACACAGAACAUCCACUAAACCAGUCUCGUGUGGCAGUGUCAUCUCAUCAAGAAUCCCUACAUAACUAUUUUAAAAGACAAAAACUGACAUGUUGCAAAG